CCAUCUUGAUUGCCUGAGUACUGAGCAGCCGUAGAGAGGAGCGUGUGACACUCAACGAUAACAACAACACAGGUGUUCAGUCAUGGGAAGGACCUGUUGUGUUAUCGGUUGCAAUGCUCGUUCACACGACCACAAGGAACGAAAACUCGACAAUGGACUAUCGUUUUAUGGUUUUCCUUCGUGGAAGCAGCUUCAGGGAAGCCUUGUGUCCGACAUUACAAAGAGGAGACGGAUGGCUUGGAUAGCAGCCGUGAGGCGCCCUGAUAUUAAGUUUGUCAACAUCCCGAGAUAUCUGAAAGUGUGUUCCCAACAUUUUCAUAUGGGUAAACCAGCAUAUGAGAUGGAAGAGGCACACCCUGACUGGGCUCCUUCAUUGCACCUGGGCCACUCUGAUGUGCAUGUCACACAGCAAGACCGGUACUUACGCAUACAACAGCGACUUAAAGGAAGAAUAAAUAACCAGGCAGACGAACAUAUGGCAGAAGAUGGGCAAGAUGGAGAAAAUGCAGAGAUAGAAGUUGCACUGGAGGAGGAGGAGGAUGGAGCAGAGGUGGAAGCCACAGAAGAGGAGGAGGAUGGAGAGCAGGCAGAAAAUGAAGAUGCAUAUGAACCAGCAGCUAAGAAACAGCAAACAUAUUGUCCGAACUGUGAUCAGAUCAGGGCAGAAAUAAACCAUCUGUUGCAGGAGAACCGGGAGCUUAGGUCUGAGCUAAGUAAGAGACAGUUUCAAAUCCCGCAUCCAUUACACAUGGCUUUACAAAAAAAAACUCAAUUCAAGGUUCAAUCACUGUUUCAUUAAAGAUGUAAAAAUAAA